UUGAAGACUAACAAACCAUACCAUACUGCACAUUUUUAUUUAUCUUUUGAGUAAUUUAUUAAUUAAGAAUGUCGGCAUCUCUUGAUUCGGUUUUGGAUCCCAUGGAGGAAAUAAGAUAUCGUAAAAAGCAUGGUAGAAUGUGGAUUGAAAUUCAGAAGGAUACACAUUUUUCUUUUGAUGAAUUGGAGCAUGUUAUGGUUAUUUUUUUCAAAAUCCAAAAGCGCGAUGAGAAACCAGCUGCUUCUGAUUUGAUAUCCAGGGCACAUUUUCGCGACGUCUUACAUACAGGUCUUGGUAUGACGGACGCGUACAUGAUGGAACGGGUUAUGGUGGCUCUGGAUAGAGGGACUUCUCCUUACGUCACUAUGUCGACAUUUGCUAAGGCGAUGUCGCUUUAUUUACGUGGUACCUUGGAGGAGCGAAUUAUUUACGCAUUUACGUGUUACGACUUACUGGGGGAGGGUUAUUUGAGAAGGGAAACUAUGUAUCAGCUAAUGAAGAAGAGCUUAGCAAAAGCUUCGCGAGAUGACGACGUCGAAGAAGCUGUAAAAGAACUAGUUGAUAUAAUGUUGAAACGGAUGGAUAUGGAUCUGGACGGGGUUAUCAACUUCCAAGAUUUUCAAACAGCAGUGACUAAAACACCUCCACUGCUGGAACUUUUGGGUUAUUGCCUCCCCGAACGACCUGCCGUUUAUGCUUUCCUCAGUACCUGGUGUCCUGAUUGGGCGAAAAUGUGACUACCGAGUAUCAAGUGAAAAUAAAGAGCAGCUAUUAAUAU